AUGAAAAGAAAGGAAGCACAUGAUAUUGAACACAUUGAGCCAAAAGUUGAGCUGAUAAACUAUAAGAUAUUCUUUGGCAUAAGUUUAAUAUCUCUAUAUUUCCUUGGUGAAGCCUUCUUACUUUAUAUGAACCCAGAAAAAAGGCAACUCAUGAGUGAUAAUUAUACAAGAACCUAUUACAGAUAUCAACCAACUCUCAGGGAGUAAUUUGGCAAUGACUUUGUAGAUUAUGUGCUCACUACUCCUGCUUAUUUUUCAUAAAACUUAAAAUCUUUUGGCUUAGGCUUAUGCUUGGUUUAUACUUUGGGAUCAGUAGCGAUUGUUGGAUCAUUAACUUGGAUGGGGUGGAUACUAAUGCUAGCCCAUUGCUUUUAGAUGGUUCUUAAGAUUCAAUAAUCGCCAACAAAGAUCUAUGAGAGUCUUAACACUGAAGAUGCUGAGUACCUUGCUCAUCACGACUUUCUCAUGGAUCUUGGCAUUCUAACUAUGUUGUUUUUAGUGGUUAGUUCAGUGAUGCACCCUAAAAUCAAAUAGGAGGUAGGGCGAUAAAAAGUGGUAUAAGUGAGUGGAAAAAGGGAUAGUGGAGAAAUUUAAUAGAAUGUUAUUCUAUAGGAAUAAUAAAAAUAAAAAAAGAGAAAAUUAUGA